AUGCGGCAGUUCUUCUACGCGACGGCCUUGAAAGCUGAGCAAUUCCUGGCCGAGAAGGCUAAUGGGGAUAUAACAAGGCUACGACCUCCAUGGAAAAUCGGCCUGGCUAACGAGAUUAUGGGCCAGUCCUUAGGAAGACUUCCAUUAAUCACCAGGAAAGGACACUUGGUCCUGAGCUACGAAAAGGUGGAGAAAGGAUUGGAUCUCAGGUUCCCUUUAUUCUACGUCGACAAGACGAACAAUCAUAUCUACUCAUCGGCGAGGCGUAUGUCGAUGGUAUCAUGGAUGGUGAAGCAGUAG